AUGAAAGAAUACUCGAUAGAACGAUCUUUGGAUGGAGCGACGGUUUUAUUGACCGGCGUCACUGGUUUCGUUGGCGGAGCUCUUCUCGAACGAAUGCUGCGUCUCGAUCCUGGUCCUGAAAAAAUUUUCGUCAUUGUUCGACCGAAACGAGGCAUCGAGCCUCAGUCCAGACUCAAAAGCUUCUUACGAUCUCCUCUAUUCGGCAGCGUAAAAUCAAAAUCGUUGGAGAAGAUCGUGGUAAUACCGGGCGACAUAACGAGCGAGGGCCUCGAGUUGUCUGACCAAAAUCGGAAUCUACUGACGAGCACUUGUACUCACGUAUUUCAUUCGGCUGCUCUCAUCUCGUUCGCUGCCAAACUAGAAUUUGCGGUGAAGAUAAAUCUCCUUGGUACGCGAUAUGUGCUUCAGUUGGCGAAAAGAAUGACGAAUCUUCGAUCAAUGAUUCACGUAUCAACGGCUUACGUAAAUUGUACGAGAAACAGCGACGAAUAUCUCGAGGAAAGAAUUUAUCCAUCGAGAUUCGAUCCGACAGAAUUCACCGAUAUGAUCGAAAGAAUGUCCGAGGAGGAGAUAAAUUCGCGAAGCGAAGAAUUUCUGGGUGAUCACUCCAACGCUUAUACAUUUACGAAAAACAUGGCCGAAAACUUGUUGCAAGCGGAGAGAGGAAAAAUUUCAUUGUCGAUAAUACGACCGAGUAUUGUUUUGAAUUCUUGGAAAAAGCCAGUGAGCGGAUGGAUCGACAAUGUGAAAAACGGCGCAUGUGGAUUCAUCGCUGGAGCAGCGAGAGGAAUUUUUCGAACUUUCGAGGCCGAUCCAGACGCCCGACUCGAUAUUAUUCCAGUGGACAUGGUUGUAUCGACCAUUUUGACAGCAUCCGCGCACGCGACCGAAAAUCCUGGCGGAUUAACCAUUUAUCAUUGCACUUCGAGCAUUGAAAAUUCGACAAGCUGGUCCGAGUACUGCACCGAGAUCGUUAAAUACUCUCGUAAACAUCCGUGCAACCUCGUCGCGUGGUAUCCCGGAGCUCGUCCACGAAAGAAUAGAUUCCGGAACUUGGCUAUAUUUUACAUGUUCCACCUGUUUCCGGCUUACGUUUUUCAUUUUUUCUAUCAGUUCAGGCGACCUGGACGAAGACACGUAUUAUUGGCGGUUCAGCAGAAAUUUGCAAAAGCGGACGCGUACACGCGUUUCUUUGCUAUACGUCAAUGGAGUUUCUCGCGUCGUAACACGGUAACACUUGAGAAAGGACUUGCGUCACACGAGAGAGAAUCUCAUCCGAUGGAUCCAAACGAAAUAAAGUGGAACGAAUAUUUCGAGAUUUGCGUGCUCGGCUUGCGUCAAUAUUUUCAUAAAGAGGGAGCUACCACGAGCGAGCGAGCCAGGCGCCGGAUGACUGGGUUGAAAAUAAUCGCGGCCGUAGCACCAUUCCUGACUUUUCUCUUCUACUGGCAUCUCCUUCUCUCAUAUUUUCCUGACUUAUUCGACGUUCUCGCAGCUGCGUGCGUCGCUGGACUUUUAGUGUCGUUUUUGAAGUGGAUCUGAUCGAAACGACUUCCCAUGCAUAUGUUUUUAUCUCUUUUGAUAUAAAAAUUAUUUGUUGAAUAUUUUAUUCCGUAGGUACUUUUUAUCUCAUCCUUUUCGUACAUGUUCAAAACUUGCUCGGUUGCAUCGUGUCACCCGCCGUUACAAUUGCGAUUGUACGGACGUUCGAUCAAUUAAAUAAUAUUUAUUAUUCCGACACUCGCGCAUUCAUCAAUCCAGCAUAGGGGUGCGCAUAACAAAUGUUGUCGGUGUCAACAAUACCGGAUAUAAUGGGGCCAAAUCUCACAAUCAAAUUUUUCUUAGAACCGUCCAAGGCUGAACAUUUUACACUCGUAAUGUUUAUUACGAUUUUUUUUAAAGAGGAGAAAAACAUUUCCACUAAAGUAAACAGCCAGCUUACAAAGGCUGAAAAUUUUUCGAAAAACGGCUUUCUUCUAAUAAAGCGUCUACCAGCUCAAUAAAAAAAUCUUUGAAGAUAUUACGAGAUGGAAAAAAGGCUCAAUUUUUCCACUAAAAAUCAAGAUUUAUUACAUUUGAUUUCGAAACGAUUGAUUUUUCGUUUGAGAUCACCGAAACAAUAUUUAGCAAUUUUUGUGAUUUCUCGUUUUUUCAAAAAGACACAGCAACCUCUGCUUCUGGAAUGACGUGGAAAUUAAUAAUAAUAGAUACGCAAACGCCCGUCACACUAUAUGCCGACGUAUUUGUGCAAAUAAAAACAACUAUGUAGGAUUUUAUAUGCGCAACGACAAUUACUGCGGCAUAAAUAACGUCAAUGGAAAGUUUGUAAAAUUAAAAAAAAAUAAAAAAAAAAAAAAAAAACAGC